AUGUCCGGUGGCGGCCGGUGGGUGGUGUGCGUGGCCCUGCUGUUGCAGUUGACCGCGCGGUCCGAAUGCAACUGGCUCAAGAACUUCGCCAAGCCAAAGCCGCAGCUCAGGCUCAUGGAAGGCGUCACCGAACAUUUGCACAACGUCAUGCCGUACGAACAGGUGCAGUUCAGUAGCCCGAACGUGUCCACGGCGUACAUCAGCACCACCAAGUUCCAGGCGGCCGGCAUGGGACAUUUGUACUUCAUCACCAACAAGUUCAUCCAGUACAUACUGAGCGACCAGGCUUUCCCCGAAGGUAUGGUUAACUUAUAG